AAAAGGGACCCAAGGUUCACGACUGACUUUCUGGCAGUGGAACGACCUGUGAAAACCUGUGACCCAUUCUCAUUAAUUAAGUCUCUGGAUUAUUAUAGGAAAUGGAAACUGAUCUCAAUUCCCAGGACAGGAAGGACCUGGACAAGUUCAUUAAGUUUUUUGCCCUCAAGAUUGUCCAAGUGAUUGUCCAGGCUCGACUUGGUGAGAAGAUUUGCACUCGUUCAUCUUCAUCUCCAACGGGUUCAGAUUGGUUCAAUUUAGCCAUCAAGGACAUCCCAGAGGUUACACAUGAAGCAAAGAAGGCACUGGCAGGGCAGCUGCCUGCUGUGAGGAGGUCUAUGUGUGUGGAGAUUUCACUCAAGACUUCUGAGGGAGAUUCCAUGGAAUUGGAGAUUUGGUGUCUUGAAAUGAAUGAAAAGUGUGAUAAGGAGAUCAAAGUUUCCUACACGGUAUACAACCGACUGUCUUUGCUGCUGAAGUCUCUCCUUGCUAUAACAAGGGUAACACCAGCCUAUAGACUCUCGAGAAAACAAGGGCAUGGAUAUGUCAUCCUGUACAGAAUAUAUUUGGGGGAAGUUCAGCUGAAUGGCUUAGGAGAAGGCUUCCAAACAGUUCGUGUUGGUACAGUGGGAACCCCUGUGGGCACCGUCACUCUUUCUUGUGCUUACAGAAUUAACCUGGCAUUCAUGUCUACCAGGCAAUUUGAGAGAACUCCACCUAUCAUGGGGAUAAUCAUUGAUCACUUUGUGGACUGUCCCUACUCAAGCGCCUCGCCCAAGCACCCCUGCAAUUACAGGACCGCUGGGGAGGACGGCAGCGGGACAUACCCCUCCGUGGAAGACUCUCAGGAAGUGUGCACCACCUCCUUUUCCACCUCCCUGCCAACCCAGCCCACGGUUCCCGGGAAGGAAGGUGGCAGGCUGCCCUUUGCUCCUUCCAACCAGCCCGAUUCAAAGAUGAGCAAGGUGAGAGCACAUCCUACAGAUAUGACCUCAGUAACAUAA